AUUAAAAUUUUGAAAGCGGUACGCAUCGGUCAAGUUUACUGUUGGUUCGCGCGGUAUAUCGUGUGCUGCUGUUUAAAUAUUUUACCAAAUUGAAUUGAAAAGGCAACAAGUGAUAAAAGAUUGAAUUUUAUACGUUUGUUUCGACGAAAGAUAUAACGAUAAAGUUACCACAAUGGAUUGUGGCACAUCAACGGCUAAAUAUGUGCUGUUUGCAUUCAACACUGUAGUUGUGAUUGUCGGUCUUUUGGGCAUCGUCUUUGGCGCGCUCAUACUCAACAGUAUCGGUGUAAUCGAGGUUGAUGGCCAUGUCGGUUUCCCGAUACAGGCAGUUUUGCCAAUUAUGCUCAUAACACUCGGUUCGAUUGUGGUAUUCAUCGCAUUCUUGGGCUGUUGUGGUGCCAUACGUGAAUCGGUCUGCAUGACUAUGUGCUAUGCCGUCUUCCUGUUGGUGCUGCUCAUUAUACAGCUAACAAUUGUUGUACUACUAUGGACCAAUAAGGAUAAGUUCAACAGUGCCAUGGGCGAGGUCAUCGAUAAAGCAUGGGAUAGUCGUAGCAAGGAACCGGCCGUCUUCGAGGCUAUACAAGUUUCAUUGAAAUGUUGCGGCAAGAAUGGCAUCUCCGAUUAUGUGUUAUUGCUACAAACGCCACCCGCAAGCUGUUGUGAGCACAAUGAUUGCUUGAAUCCAUUAAACAUUUAUGGUGGUUGCCGUAGCAAAUUCCAAGAAUUCAUGUCCUUCAGCACUGACACAGCCAAAUACGUUGGCUUGGGAUUGAUCGCUGUGGAGUUGGUUGGUUUCAUCUUCGCCUGCUGCCUGGCCAAUAACGUGCGCAACUACAAGCGCCGAAACGCCUACUAAGCGCGACUCAAGCCCACUCCACUCGCAAAUGUUCCACAAAUUUUUUUAUUUUCUGCUUCUUGAUGUCGUGAUGUCGUCAUAAAACGCACAUUUAUUUCGAAAUAUAAAAUAAUAUGCAAUUGUGUUUGAAGUAAACCUUUGAUUUAUGAGUACGUAUGUAUAUUUUUUGUUAUGAGAAACAUACAAUAUACACUCUGAAUAUAAUUUUCUAUGCAUGUCUUAUGAAAAGUUAAGCUGAUAUGAACAAUUGAAAGUCAAAAAUUGAUCUAAAUUCACACCUUUAAUGAAUUUAAGUAAAAAGUUGAAACCAAAAUUCUCUUUAAAAACCAUAAAAUGGAUAUAAAUACUUACGUUUCUAAGAAAUCUUACCGAAUAUGCCUGAAAUGAACAAUAUGAGGCCAUGAAUAAACCACUUUUAAUAUACAAAUACAUAUAUACCAUAUGUACAUACAUACGCUGUACCAAAAAAGGAAGUCAAAAAGUUGAAAAAUAUGGCGUAUAUAAGCAACAAAGAAAUCUCAAGAGAAUUUAAGACAAGUUGUAUUGUUCCAAGUGAAUUGAAUAUAUGUCUUUAUUAUAAAUGUAAACAAUAAUGUUAUCGACUUGAAUUAAACUCUACGCGAGAUAAUAUGCAUUCACAGUUUAUUAUUAUUAUAUGUAUUCUAUUGGAUAUAAAUAAAAGUAUAUAUAUACAGAUAUAGAUAUAUAUGUAAAUGUUAGUUACAUUAUCUACAAGUUAUGUUGAAUUAAUGUAUAUUUGAUUUUAUGCCUUUUUACAUGUUAAACUAAAGCGAGUCCGUAGCUUGCAAAUUAUUUACCAUAUAUGUACAUAUAUAUGUAUGCAUGUACACUUUUAAAAAUAUAUAUAUGUAUAUAAUAUACACAUUUACGAAACGACUAUGCGUUUGCAUGCAACGAGCGUUAAUGGUUCGUCUGUCCUAAAUACAUUCAUACAUAUAUAUAUGUAA